CGCGUCAUAGCGGGGUCGUCAGCGAGGCCAGUGCGCGAUGUCGACGGUCACGCCCAUGGCAAAGUACAAGCUGGUGUUCCUCGGGGAUCAGAGCGUGGGCAAGACAUCCAUCAUCUCCAGGUUCAUGUACGACAAGUUCGACAACAGCUACCAGGCGACCAUCGGCAUCGACUUCCUGUCCAAGACGAUGUACCUGGAGGACCGCACCGUCAGGCUGCAGCUGUGGGACACCGCGGGGCAGGAGCGGUUCCGAUCGCUCAUCCCGAGCUACAUCAGGGACUCCUCCGUCGCGGUGGUGGUGUACGACGUGUCGAGUCGGAGCUCGUUCGCCAACACGAGCCGGUGGAUCGACGAGGUCCGAACCGAACGGGGAAGCGACGUCAUCGUCGUGCUCGUCGGGAACAAGACCGAUUUGACAGACAAAAGGGAGGUCAGCGUGGAGGAAGGGGACGCGCGGGCGAGGGAAGCCGGGGUGAUGUUCAUCGAGACGUCCGCGAAGGCUGGGUUCAACGUCAAGGCGCUGUUCAGGAAGAUCGCCGCCGCGUUGCCGGGGAUGGAGGCGCCCGCCGCGCCCGCGGCCAAGGUGGAGGAUCGACUCGUGGACGUGAAGCUGACGGCUCCCGCGCCCCCGGCGUCGUCGUGCGCGUGCUAGCUAGCGAAAAUUAGAGGAGGUGGCGCCAUUUGAGGUCUAUUCAUCGUUGUU